AUGGAGUCAACCGAGGAGCAGGGGAUGUCGGGUAGAGAGACCCGAGGAGCAGGCACUUUGGGGGUGCCGAGAGUCGCGCGAGAGUUGAGAGACGAGAGAGAAUCAACUUGUGAGGAGGCUGAGGUGGAGACGUGGAGGCGGCGAAGUUUCUACUCUCGCUGGAUUGUGGUGGAUCGUGGAGGCUGCAGUCUCGUUUUCAAUCCAUCCAUGGAGGUUGCGAUGAGAAAAUGCGUCUGCGUACUGUUGCUGUUGUGUGUAUUUAUGGAACCCGCGAUGUCGGCCGGAUUUGCGUCCUCAUCCUCCAUUUGUGGAGUCGAUUACAAACCUUUUCUUCACAAUCUCAAUUCUCGUUGCCCGUUUGCAGACCCCUUCUCUUCUUCUCCUCCUAUCCAGGUGGAUGAUGAAUCAUUGGAGAGAGUGAUGAGGUCCAGCCAGAAGAAUGAGUACACUGCUGUUUUGUUUUAUGCUUCCUGGUGCCCUUUCUCAAGCAUCUUUCAGUCGAAGUUUUCUAUUCUGAGUUCCAUGUAUCCGCAGAUCAAACAUGUAAUGGUUGACCAUUCUUCAGCCAUGCCAAGUGUUUUUUCUAGAUACGGGAUUCACAGUGUGCCUACCCUGCUAAUCGUGAAUCAGACAGCACGAAUGAGAUAUCAUGGUCACAAAAAUCUCCAGUCACUUAAAGAUUUCUAUAAAAGAUCAACAGGAAUGGAUCCACUGGUUGAUAUGGUCGAAAAUACAUCAAAAAGUGCAGAAAGUGGUCAAGGCGUGCCCCAACUCUGGAAUCGAGCCUCAUUCAAGGAAACAUUCUCGAGGGAACCCUAUCUUGUACUUUCUGUAAUAUUUAUCUUUUUAAGGGCUUUUCUGUAUAUCUACCCGGAAAUUGCGUCUCGUAUACUGGCACUUUGGACAGCAUAUAUUCCUCAUCUGAAUUUGGGAAUUUUCGGUGAGUCGAAGCAGCUCUUGGGGCAUAUUCUCCAUUUGAUUGAUGUCAAGAGAAUUUGGAGCAAGCUCAAGAUUUGUAAAACGAGAAACUUCCACAGAGGGGCCAGAAAUGCUCGAGUUUGGGCAUCAUCUAUAGCCUCUGUGUCACUGGGUGAGGCCUCGUCAUCUAGAGUUCAUGCUUCUAGUUAA